AUGGUGAACUUUAGCCCUAGCUAUCUCUUCCGAGAGUUAUACUCCACUGCAUGUCUCGCCGCUAUAUCCUCAUAUACAGCAAGUCCAGAAGUGCAGAAGAAGUUCUUAUCAUCGACGUUAGAUGAAUUCGAGAGCGCGUUCGCGAGACAUGUCAAAGACGAUGUGCCAGCAAGCAGGGUACACCAGCAAACGAUAGCGUCACAUCAUACACAUCUUGCGAAUAUCAAGAGUCAUCGAUCUUGCUUUAGCUGCUUUUUGCGGAUGCCCGAGAAAGUUCUUGUAUGCGGCCACGCCCUCUGUGAUACAUGUAUCAGGAUCUUUGGUAUUCGCUCUCGCUCAGACGGCAAUCAGUACACGCUACCAGAAUGCAUAUUAUGCGGCGUCAACUACCGCAGCUCAACCUUUCGCUUUGUUCCGCCGACUGCUGGUAUCAGAAUACUCAGCGUUGAUGGAGGUGGAGUGAGAGGUGUGAUCCCCCUUAGGUACCUGCAACAUCUCGAUGGACUACUUGCGCCCUUUGGUGGAAAAGUUAAUGAUUUUUUCGAUUUUGUCUGCGGAACAUCAGCCGGUGGUCUUGUCGUGAUUGGCAUGUUUCUCAUGCAGUGGAGCGUCGCCGAGUCUCUUAAACGCUUUGAAGACGUUUCACGUAUAACUUUUAGCAAAAAAACGGCUCUAAUCGCGCGGGCAAUUCAGCUAAUUGUAGCUUACAUCGAAGAUGGACAGUACAGCUUGGAAGCUAUUCAGGAUGCCUUUUGCAAGACUUUUGACUCCUCCUUGCAGAUAUUCAACCCACUAAAAAAUGAUACGAAAGUUGCGGUGACGACUACCGCGGUGAACAACUCGCUACCAUGGCUAUUCACUAAUUACAAUGGUGGUCAACGUUCCGAUGGCUUAGGUUACGACGUCGUUCGGGCAGAACAGGCACUGAAUGAUAUAAGUGUUAGCGAUGCCGCCUGCUUCACAUCCGCUGCUCCUUGGUUUUUCAAACCACAGACAGUUGGCAGUCUCGUAUAUCAGGAUGGUGGCUUACGUCACAAUUGUCCAGCUGACAUCACUCAAUGGGAAAUGCGCUUCCUCUGGCCCAACAAGCCUGAGCCAGACUUCUUCUUAUCUUUGGAAUUGGUACCUCAAUGA